UACCUACUAGUAACCUAGCUAGAACGGGCACACAUGUGGCUCUCUUGCACAUCAUAUUUCCAUCUUUUUACAGAAUCUUGUUUGGAAUCAUUGCUCCUCCCUUCCCCAUCUCAUUCACCCCAUGGAUCUAUAAAUCUUGGUCAUUCCACCCAUCAACCACUGUAUAGACCUGCACCAUCAUCUAAAUUCUACCGGCAUACUUAUUCUCCCACCAUAAACCCCUCCUCAACCCUCACUCUCUCGCUCCCUGUGCGCGCGGCACACACCACUCUUCUCCUUGUUAGCAGAGGGCUAGCUAGCUCAUCCCCCACAGUCCUUAUGCUGAAUCUAGCACCAUUUGAGACGCCGCCUCUUGGAAGGCAGGAGAGACCAACUAAUACCAUCGUCACCGCAACAGCGGCCAUCGCCAGGGGAAACGAAGAAAGCUCCAGCAACACUUGCCUCCAGCACGGACAUCUGGACCUCAGCCUUGGCAUCUCCUUGUCUCAUGGCGGCGGCGGCGGCGGCGGCAGCUGCGACGCGUCCAGCUGUGGCGGAAACAAGCAGGAUAGCUAUGGCGGUGGGCAGGGCAGCCGUGACGACAAGGACAACAACGUCCGUCGCAUGACCAGCUGCAUCGGCGGCACCGCCACUGCCAACGUGAUUACCGCAGGGCACAGCAGCCUUGCUGGUGAUUUGACAGCAGCACCAGGAGGAGGAGGUGGUGGCGGCUGGGCAGCGGCGUUCAUGCCGAGCCCGACCGGGUUCAUGCAUCCAUGGAGCCUCGCCGCACGGCAGCAGAAGGCUGCUGCCGAGCAAGACCGGACGCCUCCUGCCACUUACCUGUCAAGUGAUGACCGCGUGGUCACUUCGCCGUCGGCCGUCGGCUGGCCGCCGGUGCACACCUCGCGGCGCAACAUCGUCAGCGCCAUGCACGUAAUAACCAACAAGCAGACCGCUGGCGCCUCCAGCGCCGUCGCCGGAAACGGCGGCACACCACCCGGAAGCACGACGACAGCCACGCACACCGGCGGCGGCGAGACGAACGGGGCGGCGGCGGCGGCGCUGGCGGCACGGCCAGCGCUGGCGGCCAGCAGCAUGUUCGCCAAGGUGCACAUGGAGGGCUACGCGAUCGGCAGGAAGGUCAACCUCAGGGCCCAGGACGGCUACGACUCCCUCUCAAGGACGCUCACCAAUAUGGCAACCAACUUCUUCUGCCCCGCAGACUGUUCAGGCGCGGCAGAAAAAGACGCUCCAAAGAGUGACAAGUUCAUAUUCCUGUACGAAGACUUCGAGGGCGACCGAAUGUUGGUUGGUGACGUCCCAUGGGAAUUGUUCCUUGCGUCUGCUAAAGGAUUGUACAUCGUCCGAAAACCCAGCAUCAGGCGACAAAGGUCGGGGUGAAGGUGACAGAAACUAUAAAGCCGAAGAACCAACGACCAACGGCUGAUGAUGCAGGCACUCUCUUCAAGCAAGUGUGGUCGCAAGGACAGGAGCAUAUAAAUAUAUAUGCACUACAUGCUAGGACAUCUUCUUGGUUUUGGCAUAUAUAUAGCUCCGAAUUACAUUUCUUCUGCUGGUACUAUAUAUUUAAUAGUAAGGUAGUUAGUAGAGCUAUGUGAGUUAUGUUGUACUGUUGGUGUUUCCUGAUAUCAAUGUGCAUAUAGUUUUGAUCGCUUUGUAAUGGGGGGAAAAAUCUACAAAAGGCCGGAAGAAACAUGCUCACAUUGGUCUCAACAAGUCAACGGUGAUAAAUAAGGCAGAUAUAUUAUGACUUGUUAACCA